AUUCCUCCUGCAUAUCUAAAAAUCCCCACCUCCUCAAUCGUAGAAUCCGAGAAAAAAAUGGCCACCCCAUCGUACCAGCUCUUCUGCAUGGGCAACCCCUUGCUCGACAUGCAAGUCAGGAACGGCGAGGCUUUGUUGGAAAAGUACGAGUUGAAGGCCAACGAUGCUAUCCUUGCUGAGGCUAAGCAUGCUUCCAUCUACGAUGAUGUGAAGCAAAACCCUGAUAUCACCUACGUUGCUGGAGGUGCUGCCCAGAACGCUGCUCGUGGUGCUGCCUACGUCCUCCCUCCCGGAUCCGUCGUCUACACCGGCUGCGUCGGUGACGACGAUCUCGCUGAGCAGCUCAAAAUCGCCAACAAGCGCGAAGGCUUGGACGAGGUCUACCAAGUCAAGGCUGGCGAGAAGACUGGCGCUUGCGCUGUCGUUAUCACCGGACACCACCGAUCGCUCGUCACUGAUUUGCGAGCUGCUGAAAAGUUCGACCAGAGCCAUCUCUCGUCGCCUGCUGUCGCUCCUUUGAUCGAUGCCGCCAAGUUCUUCUACGUUGAGGGAUACUUCCUCACCCAUGGAACCGCUUCUGCACUCGAGCUGAGCAGCAAGGCCGCCAACGCAGGCAAGACCUUCAUCCUCAACCUCUCCGCGCCCUUCAUCCCUCAAUUCUUCGGUGCCCAACUGCAACAAAUCCUCCCCCACACCGACAUCCUCAUCGGUAACGAAGCCGAGGCCGAGACCUGGGGCAGCGCCAACGGCCUAUCCAACCCCAAAGACCUCGCCGCCGUCGCCAAAACCAUCGCCGCCCUACCCAAGACCAACGCCUCGCGCCCCCGUAUCGUCGUGUUCACCCAGGGCGCCGAGUCGACUGUGGUCGUCACCUCUGAUAAGCCUGAUGAGCCCAAGUGGUACCCUGUGACCAAGUUGAGCGAUGAGGAGAUUGUGGAUACGAAUGGUGCUGGUGAUGCGUUUGCGGGUGGGUUCAUUGGUGCGCUUGUGGCUGGCAAGACCCUCGAUGAGGCUGUCGAGGCUGGACAUAAGAUGGGUUCUAUGUGUGUCCAACAGGUCGGCCCUCAAUACAAGUGGCCCAAGGUCCAAAUCUUGUAA